AUUAUUCGAAUUCAUCCAAAAUUGGAAUUAAGAAAAGAAGAUGCCAAAAGUUGUAAUUAUUAUUCAUAUAUUUUUUUUUUUGAAAAAAAAGGAUGAAGAAAAAAACAAAAAAGUUAAAAUACAACUACAAACACCCCUGCUAGUUGCUACACUCUUACUGCAAAAAUAUGAUACAACACAGACAAAUUUCUCUCAUUUCUGCAUUCCAAAUUUUCUCUCUCCUCCUCUCUUCAUUCUCUGAAACAUUGAAAAUCCCCCAAAUUAUAUUUUAUUAGAUAAAACAACGUUUUGAGUUUUAAAUUAAUGUCAAGGGUGUUUGAAGAACAUGAUUACAUAGGUUUAUCAGCGGUUUCUUCAAUUGAAGAUCAAACCUCUGAAAAAUCCAAAAACUCAGCUUUUUCUGACAAAAAUAACACCAAAAUUCUCAACUUUAAGGCCACUGAAUUAAGGCUUGGAUUACCAGGCUCACAAUCCUCUGAAAAUGGUGAUGAUGAUAAUGAUAAAAAAGGUGAUGAUUUCAACUACAAAGUUGCUAAAUUUAACAGUUUAGUAUCUGGGGCUAAAAGGGGUUUUUCUGAUGCCAUUAAUGGAGCUUCUAACAACUGGGGUUCAUCUGAAAAUGGCGGAUCUGAUAAUAAUUCUGUGAAGAAUGAGGAAAAGAAGUUGCAGAAUUCCCCUGUUUCUGUGCAGCCAGCCAACUCUGUUCUUGCUUCUUCAAAGGCACAGGUUGUAGGAUGGCCACCAAUUAGAUCAUUUCGGAAGAAUUCCAUGGCCAUCAACACACCAAAAACCAAUGAAAGCAACAAAGAUUCCAAGUCUGAAUCAGGGUGCCUCUUUGUAAAGGUCAGUAUGGAUGGCGCUCCCUACCUAAGGAAAAUCAAUCUUGGAACCUAUGGAGGUUAUGUUGAACUGUCCUCAGCCCUUGAGAAGAUGUUCAGUGGCUUUACAGUGGGUCAAGUUGAUUUUAGUAAGGGUAGAUUAAUGGAUAAUCUUCGGCAUUCUGAAUAUGUUCUUACCUAUGAAGACAAGGAUGGUGACUGGAUGCUAGUUGGUGAUGUUCCAUGGAAUAUGUUUUUGGAAACCUGUAGAAGACUGAGGAUCAUGAAGAGUUCAGAUGCAGUUGGGCUAGCAUCAAGAGCUAGCGAGGAAUGAUUUUGCCCGAGUCUCUUUACCAGUGAUGUCUCAAGGAAAUUUUGACUGUCUUUCCCCUGGAACCUUCUGAUGUAGCUCGAGGAUGGUCAAUUCAGAAGCUCCUUUGAAUUGUGACAGGUUGUUGUUGCAGAAUGUAUGUUAUAAACAGCAGACAACCCAAGCAUGUAUCAAUUAUAAUGAAUGUCUUUGCUAUAUAGUUGAUCUGAGUGAAAUUAGGACUGGUAUGCAUGCUCUUGCUAUUUGCUAUUGGCUCUCAGCUAUGGUAGUAGACUGUCGACAUUAGCUUGAACUCGCUUGAGCUCAGUUUGUAAAAGAUCAUUUCAUGCGUUUAUGUAAACUUGUAUGUUUGAAGAAUUCUCUGGUUCGGUAAAUUUUCUCCCCUAUCUAAACAUAUUCUACCUAUGUAUUCUGUGGAAGAAAGUCAUGCUUGAUUUUGAUAUUGAAACUCACUAAACUUGAUUA